AUGACGGUUAAGGUCCAUGCUGGAAAAUGGGUUUCUUGCACGCCCCCUAUCUCCCCCGCCAGACUUAUGAGAAUCAUCGAAGAUGCUAAGAAGCAUGCAAGCAAGGUCCCCUUCUCCUCAGUCUUUCACGGUGCCGAUAUCCCAAAGUUGUCGAACGAUCAGCUACCUCUAGGCGUGGGUAAAGAAGGAGCAGAUGGGAAGCCGGCACCAAUUACCCCCCAGGAUUGGUCUACGUUGGUUCUUCCCUGGCUCGAGUCUGCUGGAGUGCUCACAGAGAACAUCAGAAAGCAGUAUGAGGAGGCUCGAGUAUGGGCUGCCGAACAUCCUCUUGAGGCUGCACUUCUCGUACUUGUUGUAUCAGGUGUCCUGAUUGUCUUGUUUCCCUACGCCAUCGGUUUCGCUUCUAAAGGUGUAUCAAAAAAUACUAUCGCAAGUGCAUGGCAAUCCUGGAUCGGAAACGUAACAAAAGGAAGCACUUUUGCAUACAUCCAGAGCCAAACCAUGGGUGGAAUGGGUGCUUUCACUCUUGCUCCUUGGGUUUAUACCGGUGUCCUGGGUACCGCUGCUUGCGUUCGUACAGGUUUGGGUAUCAUGAGGCCGAGUACAGGAGAGCGUCAUCCCCUAAAGGCGAAACUGUGA